CGGCGCGCGACGAAGGGUGUGAAUAUCGGAGAAGGCGGAGGGGGCGAGGGUGAAACGGCACGGCGCGUCACUUGUUUCAGGCAGCAGCCCACGGAGUCCGGCAGCCAUCCAAUGCUCCACCAAACAACGCUCAUCCCUCCCUCCGUCUCCGCCGCCUCCUCCUCGCCUUUCCUCCACGCCGCCACCACAGCCCCGGCUCCGGGUGGAGGUUCCUGCACCCCAGCCUUCCUGCGAGGCGCCUCUGCCAUGCCGUCGUACGCGCACCACCGUAGCAGCCCUCUGGACGAUGGCAGGAUGGACGCGCUGAAGUGUAACAACAGCGUCCUGCCGGAGGAGACCACCGCGGACGCCGCCGGGGCGUUCGUGGAGAAAGACGGGUUCUCGGUCGAGGACCUGCUUGACCUGGAGGAGUUCGCCGAGCCUGACAAGGACGUCGCCGAACGCGAGGAUGACGACGCGCCACCGGCAGCCGCCGCGGCCGCGGAGAGGUCGAAAGCGGACUCGCAGCCGUCGUCGGUCGUGAAGUACGACCUCCCUCCGCUGCUGCCGCCGCCGCCGGAGAUGGUUGACCUGCCGUCGCACGACGUCGAGGAGCUGGAGUGGGUCUCCCGUAUCAUGGACGACUCGCUCUCCGAGCUGCAGCCCCAGGCGCAGCCGAAGCCGGCCGCUGCUGUGGUCGCGUCGUCGGCAGCGCGGCCCCCUCUGGCGCAGCAGCGGCGUCCGUUCGCGCACGACGGUACAUACCGGGCGGUGGCGGCGGCGCCGCCGCAGGCCGGCCCGCAGCGGACGCCGACCAUAUGCGCGCUGUCAACGGAGGCGAUGAUACCGGUGAAGGCGAAGCGCAGCAAGCGGUCGCGGGGCCCGGGGUGGUCGAGGCCGGGCGCCUCGUUCCUGCCCGACUCGGCCUCGUCCUCGUCGACCACAACCACUUCCUCGUGCUCCUCGUCAGGUUCCAUCUCGCCGUUCCUCCGUCUAGACUCGUCCCCGUUCGGCGGCGGGCUGGAGCUCGGCGAGGGCCUUUUCAGCUACGGCCACCUCCUGCCGCGGCCGCCGUCGAAGAAGUCCAAGCACGGUGGCAAGGGCAGCAAGCACAGGCCCAAGAAGCGCGGGCGGAAGCCGAAGCACCUCCCCCCUCCCCACCCGUCCGCGGCCGCGUCGCAGCCCGGGCCCAGCGACCGGCGCUGCAGCCACUGUGGCGUGCAGAAGACCCCGCAGUGGCGUGCGGGCCCCGAGGGCGCCAAGACGCUGUGCAACGCGUGCGGCGUCCGCUACAAGUCGGGCCGGCUCCUCCCCGAGUACCGCCCGGCGUGCAGCCCCACGUUCGUGAGCAGCAUCCACUCCAACUCCCACCGCAAGGUCCUCGAGAUGCGCCGCAAGAAGGAGGGCGGCAUGGUUGCCACCGCCGCGCCGGCCGUGGCGUCGUUCUAAGCUUGUGCCCACCCUGUCAGCGAAGGAGCCGCAAGGAGGGCGGCAUGGAGGCUGGCCACGCAGCGGUGGCUGUACAUUUUUUUUCCCCGGACGUAAUAGCCUUGUACCGUACCUGAACUACCCUCCCUUUCUCUUGCUAGUAUCGUCGUCGUAAUCCCCCGGCUGGGUUAUUAAUUAGAGUUUAGGAGUCUCGAUUAGGUCAGGUCAGGUCAGGUUUAGCUUUGGUUCCGGUUAGGGUUCUACUGCGGCGGCAGAAGCGGCCCAGCAACUAGCGCAGAACUUUAAUUCCUAGCAAGCAUUUAUAAAGUCAGUUUUUAUUUCA